CGACACUGAACGGUGUCAUUGCCGAAACCACCCCGAGGCACGGUCAGCUUAGAGCAAAGCCGGCAGAUGGUGCUUCAGAGAGCAGACGCUGUUAUCGCUGCCUUUCCCAAAAUGGGUUAAGCGGUACAAAUGGCACAGCGCUCUGGAGACAAGUUGUAGUUGUCCUUAAGCUGUGAAAAGUCAGGAGAUGAUUUCUGACCUCUUCCCUCCACGGCCAUUAGUUUGUUAGCAUCUUUAAUCUAGAAGUCCAGUAGCAAAUGGGUGCUGUUUUUAAAAAGGAAAUAAAUUAGCCCCUGAUCGCUCAGCAGUGUUCAAUCAUCUUUUUCUCAGCAGCUGGGAGUCCCUUCUGGAAACAGUCAGAUGCAGCUCCCCUUGACUCAGAUUUAUGGCAGUAGUGUUACCACCAGCACUGUGACUCUUGGAGAAAUACAUGUGAUAAUCUUGACAUAGAUUUCCAUACAGAGAAGAUCUAAACAUACAGAGUAGCCAGUGUUCCACUUUUACCAUUAUGCAAAAUAACCAUUGCCGUGCUUCCCAAAUGAGGACUCCACACUGAAGAUGGAGGUCCCUCAUAAGAACACCAGUUCUUAUGUCUGUGCUCACACCAAAUUCUAUAGGAACCUGAUUGCUGUUGGAUCAGUUAGGAAUAGUUAGGACACAUCCAUUACUCUGACAGCUGCAUCACUGACUGUUUUCAUAACCCAGCCCUAAGAUCAGCUCUUAAACCGAUAACUCGGAUUUGUCUGCCACACUUUGAUAGCUGAAUACCUCAUGGCCACACCCUGGUGAGUAGAUCUUCAUUUUCUAGGAUGGGCAGUAGCAGUGAACAUUUAACCCUCUGGGUUAAACAAAGAACAUGCUGUUCUUUGUUUCUACCUAAAGUUCCUUAGACGUUUUGUUCAUUUAACUCACGAGCUCCCCUGACUGUUUCUUCUCCCAUGGCACUGUUCAGGGCAUGCUUUGCUCCACAUGCAGGUCGGGGUCUCUCUGCCAGACACCUCCACUCGGAGUACAGCAGCUUCCCUGUGUCCUGCACAGGCUCCCUCCCGGCACUGCAGCCACCAGCCCGCCCGGACCAUCCCCAGAUGCUCGGGAAGGGGUGGGAUGUGGACAGCACGGCCCGGGGAGUCUCCACCCCCUCGAGUGGAGCUGUAAGUAGGACAGGAGCUGUUCAGAGAAAGAGCAGAGACACAGAAAACACCAACACAGACUGGUCUGGAAAGGAAAUAAUCAGAAUACAGAAGAGAAAAAGCAAAAAGGAGAAAUAGUACGAGUCUGCUAUGCAUUGCUCAGCUCAGAAAAGGGAUACAAAAGCACUUUCUCCAGAAGGCAGGAAAAGGCAGCAAGGAGCUGCAGUCUGUUGCUUGAACUAAAUGAAGAUAACUUGAGAUUUGGAGCUGAUGUAGAAAACACUCAGAAUGGAAGGCAAACUCCCAUGUCUCCUCCUGCUGGUGGGAGCAGUCGUGACCACCCAGUGCCAGGGCUUACUCACACGUGUCAGACGGGGAGCCAGACCCAGAGGUGUUUGCAAGGACAGCUCCUCUGGAGAAGUGUUCCAGCACGGCUGGACCUGGCUGAGGCUGGCAGGGAGCAGGACAGAGUACUGCAGGUGUGACAGUGGGCAGAGGCGCUGCCACACCGUGCCUGUCAGAGCCUGCACUAGAAAUAAAUGCUACAAUGGGGGCCAGUGUUCACAGGCAUAUUAUUCCCCACAGCUCUUCAUCUGCCAGUGCCACCAAGGUUUCUCAGGGAAGCAGUGUGAAAUAGAUACUGAAGCUAAAUGCUACAGAGAUGCUGGAGUAACAUACAGGGGUACAUGGAGUGUGACAGAGAGUGGAUCUGAAUGUUUAAAUUGGAAUAACAAAGACUUGAUGGACUGGACAUACCAUGGCCAAAGAGCAGAUGCAGCUGAGCUGGGAUUAGGCAAUCACAACUACUGCAGAAACCCAGAUGAGGACUCCAGACCGUGGUGCUAUAUCUAUAAAGAGGGAAGGUACACCUGGGAGCACUGCAGUGUGCCCUCCUGUUCCAAAGUUUCAAGCACCAGCUGCAGAUCUGGGCGAGGCACAGAUUACCGAGGCAGCCACAGUGUUACCAGUUCUGGAGCUACCUGUUUGAAGUGGAAUUCUGGGAUCCUGUUCAACAGGCGAUUUACUGCUUGGAGAGGAGACGCUUCCCAGCUGGGCCUUGGCAGUCACAAUUUCUGCAGGAAUCCUGACAAUGACAGCAAGCCCUGGUGCCAUGUCCUGAAGGGAAGUCAGCUCACAUGGGAGUACUGCAAUGUGCCUACUUGCUCCCGGUGUGGCGAGCGGCAGCGCCGGGCCCGCCAGUUCCGCCUCCGAGGGGGCUCCUCUGCCGACAUCGCGGCUCACCCCUGGCAGGCUGCGAUCUUCGUCACCUACCGCCGGCUGCCCGGGGAGCACUUCCUCUGCGGGGGCACCCUCAUCAGCUCCUGCUGGGUGCUCUCGGCUGCUCACUGCUUUCAGGAACGCUUUAGCACAAAUCAGCUGAGGAUUGUGCUGGGUAGGACCUCCCGAGCCACUCCCGAGGAAAAUGAACAAAAGUUUCGAGUGAAGAACUACAUUGUCCAUCAGAGAUUUGACUCAGAAAAUUUCAACAAUGAUAUUGCUCUGCUGCAGCUGAGCUCAGAUGCAGGAGCCUGUGCUGUUGAGACAGACGCUGUGAGAGCUGCCUGCCUCCCCACACCAGGGCUGCAGCUGCCUGACUGGACCGAGUGUGAGAUCUCUGGCUAUGGCAAAGAUGAGGAAUUCUCUCCGUUCUACUCGGAGCAGCUGAAGGAGGGGCAGGUCCGGCUGUUCCCGGCCAACCGCUGCACAGCCCAGCUCCUGGACAACCGCACGGUCACCGACAACAUGCUGUGUGCAGGGGACACCAGGAACCUGGAUGAUGCCUGCAAGGGUGACUCUGGAGGGCCCCUGGUGUGCCCGAAGGACGGGCGGAUGGUGCUGGUGGGGAUCAUCAGCUGGGGGAUUGGCUGUGGCCGCAAGGACAUCCCUGGGGUUUACACAAAUGUGAGUCGUUACCUGGGCUGGAUUCAGGACACCAUGAAACCCUGAGAAAGAACCAUGAACUCUUUGCAGUCUUGUGGCCAUGUCCUCACAACUUCCCUCUGGUGCCUUAAGGACUUCAAGGGCUUCCUGUUUGUCCACAGGCUCGUGACUUUAACGGGAAGACAAACUGCAGUGUGUGAGAAGGGGACGUUCCCAAAUCACCCUCCUUUCCUUACUACAGGUUAUCAGAAACUAAUCCUCCUCUGCCCCCAACAUCCCCAAGCUUUCCACUUGCAUCAAAUCACAUGAGUACAAUUUAAAAUUAGUUUUGGGCCAAAAGAACAAACCAAGAGAGAACAUCAUGCAUCCCUGAAGCAGAUAUGUUGUUUUGGAAAUGGGUGUAAACUGAAGGCAAAGAGGACAGAUCUAAUUUCCUGAAAACUUCAUUUCCCUCCUUACUUGGCUGUAAAAUUGGAAGACAUUCCAGUCAGACUUAAGCUCUGUCCUUACAACAUUUGACUUGGGUAAUUUAAGCUGGUUUCAGCUUGACUCCAUAGAAAGAACAAAGCUGUAGGCAUGAGCUGCUUAUUUCCAGAUCAAUAUACUACUUGCUUUUUCAGUUUGGGACUGAUUAAUUAACCAAGUCUGAGCUUAAACUCUCUGAGCAAAUCCAGGGUGACAUGCUUGUUAGGACAUUCUAUUCUCCCACUUGCUUUUCCUCCUGGUAAAGGAAUAGGUAAAGGUAUUAACAUCAGCCUGAUCUGCCACAGGAUCAGUGCAUACUUUUUGACUAUUAAAUUUUUAUGCAUUAUCAUCUGAUAUGAAAGCAAAAGCUCUCUUUUCAGUGCAGUGGGGCAGAACAAAGGACAAGUGUAAUGGCAGCAGUUUUAAGUGCCUGCUAGAUUUAUAUCCACAAGUAAAAGGCCAAAUCACAUGUCACAAGGCUGCCUUUGUCCUUUCACAGCAGCCAGGGCAGGUACAACCAAUCCCCAGGAACCAGCCCUCAGUAAUCAGCUUUGCUGCCCUGCACUGCAGCUGCCAUGUGACACUGAGUGGCAUCUGUGCACACCCGAGGAGUGAAGCCUCUUUGAAAGCUUCUCCUUUGUCCAACUGCUUUAUAAAGAGAGAGCAGGUGUAACUACUGUUUUACAAAAGGAAAACGUUAUACUGAGGGAACAAAAGGAGUUUUAGCUUUGGUAGCCAGAACACCAGUCUGCUGUACUUGGGAAACUCAAAACAUUGUAACUCCAAAUGUUUCCUCUCUCAGCUUUAAGGAGCUCUCUGAGAACAGACCAGCACAGCAUCCAGUCAAAUACAGAACCUCACUGUAAGCACAGAGGAGAGAUGUGGGGAGGAUGGUAAAAGGGGGGUUGUAAAUGGCAGCUUUACAAACGGUCUGUGAUCUUCCAGCUCCCAGCUUAGAAAAUGCCCUCAGAGGGAUGAUCUCUAAUGCCCUCAGAGCAAUGGUGGUGUAAGUCCAGUCAGUUCUACAACAGUGGACUGGGAAAAAAACCCCCAAGAUGUUUUUUAAUGAAGAGUCACAGUUCAGGGUUUUGGUGUAAAUUUUCUUUUUAUUGUUGAUAUUUUCAUUUUAUUAAAUAUUAAUGUUGAGAAAAAUACAAAUUAAUUUCCAUUCAUCUCCCCUACACCCAUUUCCAAGUGCUCUUGUGCCUCUUCCCAAGCCUGCCAAAUACCUGCAGCCUGUAAAACAGCCAAAACUGUUCCACUGAGUAACACAAGUAAGUGUCCUCAGGAACACUUCUGUUUUGCAAUUCAAACAGUCCAUUAAAUACAUUAUUUGAACUCAAUGUGACCUAACAGCCACCAAUAAAACGUUUCCAUCUUUACAA